UUUAUCUGCGUGUGGUGAAAUAUAUCAAGAAUGGUUUGUUGUGUUUGUGUACUUUCGUUAUUCGAUACAUAUAUUUUGAGCAUUAUUUCUGAGAUAUAAGACGAUGAAUACUCCGGCAACAGAGUAUACAAACUUUGUGAAACUCCGAGAUGCCUUAUCACAUCAACACAACUUCCAGUUGUUAGGGAAAGGUCAUAUUGGCGAAGGUGUCUAUGGUCGUGUUUAUGAGGCGAAGUGUAAAGAGGAAGGGGAACAUAAAGAAAAAUCGUUUGCUAUAAAAAUUUUGGAUUAUGUUGAAAGCGAAGGAAGUAAGAAGAAAAUAUAUCAGGAACGGGAGAUUGAAAUCUUGAUACGAUUGGAGCUGUCUGAAGACUCAAAUAUCAUCAAGUAUUUCAAUUGUUGGAAAAUGCAGGUUGGUUAUGAACAGAAACUUUGUAUUCAAAUGGAAUUGUGUUCCACAGACUUAUCAAGUUUCGUCUAUGACAACAAAAUGGGUGGACCAAAAAUUAUCCAAGCUCAAGGUCGGCCACGAUUUUAUGAGCAUGUAUUCCGACAAAUUUUGAUUGGUUUGGUUGUUAUGAAAAGAAGUGGCUGGGUUCAUCGCGACAUUCAUCCCGGUAAUAUCCUCAUAGCACUUCCAAAUCCAACACAAAUCCGCGAUAUUCAUGUCAAAAUAAGUGAUUUUGGACAAGCACGAUACCUCGGUAUGAAAAUAAAAUUUUCGCCGUCCACGUGGUUAGUGGACCCGACAUUUGAGAACGUUACGCCAAAGAACAUUGGUUUAUAUAGCGCUCCUGAGCUCGAAAAAAACAAUUAUGAUUUCAAAGUAGACCUUUACAGCGCCGGAAUGGUUUUGUAUUACAUCAGUCGUUACCUCGAAGAUAAAAAGGCUUUGUUUGAUGAGUUAGAGGACCUAAGAAAUGACAAUCUUGACGUCCAUAAAUGUAUACAUCACAAGGAUGACAUACAUUUGAGCCAGCUCAUUAAAGAUCUUCUUCAAAAGGACCCGAAAAAACGGCCAAGUGCUCAGAAAGCUUUGAAGAGCUAUAUGUUUUCUACAGAAGUGACAGAUUCAACUGACGCUUCCCCUGAGUCACUGGGGAGUUAUUUAAGUGAUUCUCGUCAUGCAGUGCAAAUGAAUUUCAUUGCAAGAAAAGAGAACGAACAGGCUGGACGUCUGUGCGUUUUAAAGCAGCUCAAUUUAUCCGCAUUAAAAGCAGAAGUUGAACGUCGCACCGGGGUCAGAGCAUGUCAGCAAGUUCUUCAACGACACUUUGUGAUGAGGAAUGGUAAAGAGAUACCCCUGAAGAUAGAUGAUGACGAAGACGUCCGAUUAAUUUACACUCACUUUGUGGAAGGUCGUGACAUCCUGAUAGAUGUGAUCGAGAAUAAAGUUACUCAAGGUAGCAACGGACUAACUGCACGAAGCAGUCCAGAAGACGUAAAUAUGGUGUCAGUAUCAUGAUAGUUGGUAGUUGGAUAAAAUUCAUUUCGCAUUUGAACACAAUAAGUUAUUCCAUGUGCACUGUUUUUUAAUCAUAUAAUAAUUCAGGAGAAUAUGAGAGAUCGAGAGCGUAACACAUUGUAGUUGACGUGAUCCAAACAUUUCUAGCACCAUGCACAGUUAGCACAGGUCGUACUCGUCCUAGAUAGGUUUUUCUGGCGUUGUAAACGAAAUUGUAACCAAUGAUGUAAAUAUACCAUUUUAUCUGUGUAAUAAUUUAUCAGGCUUAUUUCGUAUUUUGGUGUUAGUUAAUACCACUUUUUUCUAUCAUAACCGUCGAUAAAUAUAUAUAGACA